AUGCAGUGGCCCACGGCCCCUGGCGCUUCUCCGUAUCUAAGCUGGGCCUCCUCGCUCGCCUGCUCCGCGGCCACGACGCUCCUGAGCCGCGCCGGCCGGGCCCCCCUCAUGGCGGCCAAGUGGUUCAAGGAGUUCCCCCUGAACCUGAAGACAGUGUCGGAGCGGGCCAAGCCAGGCGGCGGGGGAGGCGGCAAAUUGCGCAAGAACUCGGAGGCGGGCGGCGCGGGGCCCGCCCCGGGCAAGGGCCGAAAGAACUCGGCGGCCGAGCUCGGGGGCAGCCGGGCCGGGGUCGGCCCCCCCAAGGAUAGCCGGCUAUCCCGAGACAGCCUGCAGGGUCUGAUUCAGGCCGCCGCGGGCAAGGGCCGCAAGAACUCCCGGGCCACCGAGGAGGAGCCCCACCGGGGCGCGGCCAAGAGCUCAGGCUGCAGCACCUACAUCAACAGGCUCAUCAAGGUGGACACUCAGGAGAAGAAUGGGAAGAGCAACUACCCCAGCAGCAGUAGUAGCAGCAGUAGUAGCAACAGCAGCUCUUCCUCCGCGUCCUCUUCCCCUUCCUCCCUGGGACCCGAACUGGACAAGGGCAAGAUUAUUAAGCAGCAAGACACGGUCAUCAUUUUAGAAGACUAUGCUGACCCUUAUGAUGCUAAACGGACGAAAGGCCAAAGGGAUGCAGAGAGAGUAGGGGAGAAUGAUGGAUACAUGGAACCCUAUGAUGCACAGCAAAUGAUAACAGAAAUCAGACGACGAGGUUCCAAAGACCCCCUGGUGAAGGCUCUUCAGCUGCUCGACAGCCCCUGUGAGCCAGGGGAGAACGGCACGAAGCCCGAGGCACUGGCCAAGAGACGGAGCUCCAAGGAGCUGCUGGGGAAGCCGCCGCAGCUGUACGACACGCCCUACGAGCCGGCGGCCGAAGGCGGCCCGCGCGCCGAGGGGCCGGAGCGGAAGGCGCGGCUGCCCCAGGACGACGAGAGGCCCGCCGCCGAGUACGAGCAGCCCUGGGAGUGGAAGAAGGAGCAGAUCGUGCGGGCGCUGUCGGUUCAGUUUGAAGGCUCUGAGCGACCUUCCGUCAAGGAGGAGACAGUGAGGCAACAUCACCGACAGAAGAGUUGGACCCAGAAGAUCUUGAAGCCAACCCUCUCUGACCACAGUGAGGGGGAAAGAGUGGACCCAGCCCUGCCACUGGAGAAGCAGCCUUGGUAUCAUGGUGCCAUCACCCGUGCUGAGGCUGAGAGUCGACUACAACCCUGCAAAGAAGCUGGGUACCUGGUUCGAAACAGCGAGUCAGGGACCAGUAGGUACUCCAUUGCACUAAAGACUAGUCAAGGAUGUGUCCACAUCAUAGUGGCUCAGACCAAAGACAACAAGUAUACCCUGAAUCAGACGAGUGCUGUCUUUGACAGCAUCCCGGAAGUGGUACACUAUUAUUCCAAUGAGAAGCUGCCUUUCAAGGGGGCAGAACAUAUGACCUUGCUCUACCCUGUGCACAGCAAGCUGCACUAA